AUGGAUCACUCUCACUCGCAGGCUGAGGCUAGCGAUCGGGAACGGGCUACUUCUUCCUCGUCCACUGCUACGCCCCGCAAGUUCAGCAUUCGCAGUAACUUUGGUAAAGCCCGCCAGCCACGGAGCCGCAAAAACAGACCCUGCGACGCCUGUCGGAGGCGCAAGACUGCUUGUGUCAUCACCUCCGAACCCCCUUGCCUGUUCUGUAAAAGCAGAGGCUUGAUAUGCCAGUCCCUCUCCGACACUGACCCUCUAGCCCACCGGCCUACAUCCGGCCCUGGUCCCGAGUCCUCCAGAAGCCACGAUGCACUAAGCCCGGAGUCUGCAUCUGCAUCUGUCUCUGCAUCUGGCACAUCGGCCAUCUCACCCUCGGCGCCAUCUGAAGCUACUCGGCACAGAUCCGAGUCCGCAGCCGUUGUCCACAACGGCCUCGUGCGCCAUCCCGUGCCAGUUCCUGGAGAAGCUUCCCUGGAUCGAAGCAUUAGCCUAGAUCCACCGCGCCUGGAGCCCAAUCAAGAAGUCGCCUAUGCUCUUGAAGAUGUUCCAGGCCGUACGGCGCACGCCAUGGCGUUAGGCUCGGAGCAGGACCCUUACUUCCUCGACGCCUUUAGAUCAGUGCUUCUCAGCGAGCGCGAGGGCAUUGACGCCAACUUCGUGCAGGUCUACCAUGGCGGGCCUGAUGUGGAUGAUUACCCGAUGCACUUCCUCCUGCUGCUUGAUGAGUUCCCCGAUCACAGAAACGAGGCUAAGCAGAUGGCGUCCGAUGCGACAGAGCGUAUCGUCUGGCCCCACGGCCCGGCCCUCGUCCGUCUUUAUUUCCGGCACGUCCACGUAGGAUUGCCCGUCAUCCACAAGACUCGCUUCCUUCGGCAAUACGCGACCGCCAAGCUAGACAUACCUACGUCGCUACGGGGCGCCGUUUAUGCCUUGGCGUGUGUGUUCUGGAAGCAAGAUGCAACGCUCGCGAGAAUCCCUUGUCCGUUUGAGCAGCACGAACUGGUCAACCAUGCGCAAGAGGCGUUGAGGCGAGAACUUGAAGCUCCCAAUCUCUCAAAACUAAUGUCAGCCCUGUUGCUGAUGCAUAUGGUGCCCCCAGACAUUGACAGCGUUGAGACACCGUACAUCUGGGUGAUGGCCUGUCAAGCCACAGCAAUAGCGCAGAUGCUCGGUUUGCACCAAGACCCUGACAAGUGGAACAUAGCACCGUGGGAGAAGAGGUUACGCAAGAAGCUCUGGUGGGCAGUCUUUUACACAGACUGCUGGUCAGCUGUAAGCCACGGCAACCCCCCGCAUAUAAGCUACGAGUCCUUCACGACUCCACCCCCGGACAUGGAUGAUCUGCGGUCUGGCGAGGAUAUCCCUGACGAUCUUCGCUAUAUGAUCGAUCCUGAGGACGCCACGUUCCGCGUCUCUGACGGUGCACGCUUUCUUGAAAUGAUCACUGUGUCUCGGGAGAUGCGUGCCAUCCUUGACUGCAGCUUCGGUGUACGAUCAACUCAGCAGACGCGUACUCAACUGAUUCCUAUCCGAGACACCCUCAAGGAAUGGCCCAGUCUCAUCCCGAGCUGUCUGGCCGUGAGACCCUACGCCCACAACGGCCCCCUUCACAUAUCCUUCUUCGCUACGCAGGUGCUGCUCUUCCGGGGCCUCAUGUUCCCAGCCACAAGAGCCGCAAAGGUCACGCCGGGCUCUAAUCUUCAGCGAUGGCUCUCCACCGCACUAGCAGAGUUCGAGCUCUUCACGACAUUCAUGGCGUACAUCACCGAGGAGGAACUGACGAGCUUCUGGGGAAGAUUUGCCCGAACGCAGCUUAUCCUGUGCGGAAACUUUCUGAUCUAUCUCUUCUUGCUGGCGAGUGAUCCACGAGAUAUCGAGGUUGCUUAUCGGUUGCUGGAGAAGUUCCAUUCGUCACUGCAGAGACUUGGCGGUACGGAUGAUAUAGCUGCUAGGGUCUUCUUGCGGCCUGUUAUUCUGAGGAUUGAUUCGUUCUUUAUGCAAGCCACAGAGCUGAUCAAGCAUGGAAGAACGGUUGUUCUUGAACCACCUAUCACGACAGUCCCAAGGGGUGAAUCUUAA